AAAUAAAUGUGAUGUUAGAAUACAGUAAACAACAGAAACGAAGCACUUUUGUCGAAGAAAAUGGUGAGCUCAUGUGUGAAGAGUUUCAGUGAAAGCUUCACUUCAAUGGACUUCUGUUCUUCUUUGCUAACUGCGCGCUUAUCUUCUUCACUAAUAAAACCUCAAUUAUUAACCAGCAGCUUAAUAUCUAGUAGCAUCACCACUAAUUUCGCAAGCAAGAAGUGUAAACCUCAUCGUGUCUUGAAAGUCUCUGCAGGUUCUUUUUCUUACCACAAGUUCAUUCAUUUUGCUCUCGACGAAACCAAACGACACGCCCUUUUGGUCCCUUCUCCUCUCCAGGAAAAAUAUAGUUCCAUGACUGCGAUGGACGGAACAACAGAGCUUCAAAUGCUUUCAUUCCAAGCUCCCAAAAUCCGACUCCUACGUAGUUUGAGCAUUGAAAAUGAAGCGAUGCAGAUUUUAGAUUUUGCUGUUUUUGCCAGACCUGAAUUUGAUGUACCCAUAUUUUGUGCCAACUUUUUCUCCACUGCCACCAUAAACAUCAUUGUGUUGGACCUCAACCCCUUGCACAAUGUCAUCGACCAAAGAGACUACAAGGAAAAGUACUAUAAGAGAUUAAUUCCUUUAGGCCUCAAGUAUAGCAAGCUUUUUCCUUGGGGAGGAAAGCUCACGAGCGAGUCCUUGAAGUUUUUCUCACCGAUCGUGAUAUGGACCAAGUUUCCUCCAAGUCAGGAUAGUUAUGAUGCUUUAUAUUCUGCUUUCACAGAGUACUACAAGGCAUGGCUUGAACUGAUUGACCAAGCAGCAGAGGAGAUAGAUGCAUCUCAUGUUACAUUCAAUCGUGAAGCGCAACAUAAGUAUCUAACGUGGAGAGAAGAAAAGGAUCCUGGCCAUGGAAUUCUUAAAAGGUUGAUUGGAGAAAGGCUUGCUAAGGACUUGGUUAGAAACUUCCUCUUCAAUGGACUUGAUGAACUAGGCAGUAAAGGAUUUUUGGAUUACUUUCCAGAAUAUCGCCGCGAGGAUGGGUCUAUAAACGAGAAGCGCAGCAUCAUUGGAAAGUCUUUUGAAAAUCGUCCCUGGGAUGCAAGAGGAGAAUUCAUCGGUGGUAAUGGUGUUAUACUGUCUUAACAAUUAUCCUUCUCUGGUUUUUCUCAUCCCGUGUCUUUAUGAUUCACCAGUUCUCUAAAUUUUGGAAAUUUUGUUUCCUGAGAAGAAUAGAAACCUCCCCUGUUAUCAUGUUUUGUACUCAAGAUACUGUAUUUGUGUAUUUACGAAGUUUGCUGUUUUGUCAGAAAUUUUGCAUGAUGUCUGUAAUCUUCCUAAGAAAAAUAGAAACAUCGCUUGAUAUCAUCAUAAUUUGUACUCAA